CUUCGUAAAGGUCUUUAUUCUCCCAGUCUCAAUCAAAAUCAAAACUUCAACAUCUUCACAGACUGUUAAUCACAUGCUCUCUCCAUCUCUCUCUCCUCAACAUCAACUCUCCACACCCUAUUUUCUCCAUAAUUUCACUCUCCUAUUUUAUCUCUGCUCACUCGUGUGAAUCACCUCUCAUUCUGCCUGCCUCAGCUGUCUUUAUUCUCAAUUGGACAAUGUCGCAAAGCUAUGCGGUCGAGCUCUACUUCGAUCCCGCGCUGGAGAAUCAGGUCCUGAAGGCGUGGAACGUGCUGGCUCGGCGCCAAAUCAGCACGCAGCUGAUUGAGAUCGAGUCGAGGCCGCACCUCACCUUGUUCUGGAGUGACUUUGUUGAUGUUGCCAAGUUAGAGAAUGUGCUGAGAUUGAUCGGUUCGAAGCAGGAGCCUCUGCCUCUGUCGUUCUCUUCGAUUGGGAGCCUCCCAAGCGACAACAACGUCCUGUUUCUUGGCCCCACCCCGUCUGCUUCGCUCCUCCAGUUCCACUCGCAGCUUUGUGACGCCAUGAAGAAAGAGGGAGUGGAAAUCGGGGAGGCGUAUCGUCCGGACAAGUGGAUUCCUCACUGCCUGGUGGCUCAGGAGGUGCCAAAGGCCCGUAUGGCCGAGGCGUUCACUCUCUUGAGGGAUUUGAAGCUGCCGGUUAGUGGAUAUGCGAUGGAGAUCUCGUUGGUCGAGUACCAGCCAGUUCGGGAGCUCUUCUCGUUGACUCUGGGUACACAUUAUCUUAGUGAGGCUUAAUGUGGUGAAUUUUUCUGUGCUUCUAGAAACUUGUCGUAGAUUGAUUGUGACAAUGGUACAUAUAGCGUCUGAUUAGGAUUGAUUGCAGUUGGCGGCCAUAUGAAUCUCAUGAAUUUUAUGUCAGCUCGUACGUGUAGGACUCGUUUAUAAAUCUUAGUUAAACUCGUUUGAGAGAAUGCAUUUGCCAUGUUUAUCGA